AUGAUUAUAAAACCCUCCCUCCUGCUGCUAGGUGCAGCCUCCGCCUUCGCCACCGACCAAAUUCCGAUCAGCGGCAGCUCGGCAUGCCUGUUCUCCGCUACUCCCAAUGACUGCUGUACCAGUGGAGCAAAGUCUGGUGAGGUGUCAAUCAACGACCGCACCUUCAAGUUCACUUGCGCAUCGAAUUUGUUGUCCCUCAAUCCCAGAAACGCUCAAAAGGCCGACAAUGCUCACGCUUGUGCAUCACUCUGUGCAAACGAUGUGUCCUGUGAAGCAUCUUCUUUCAAAGCACAUGGCAAGCCAGCCCGUGGAGGAAAUAACUGCUUCUUUAUCAUGGGUGACAACAUGGAUCAGAAGUCUGAUGAAGAGUGGAUUACCUUCGCGGAAAUCUUUCCAUCCUGUUUGGAGUCGGAUGACCGCAAUGCUUGCUGCUCUGAUCCAACAAAGCAAGAAGGCGAGGUCUUGAUAGACAAUGUCCGCUGGAAGUGGACCUGCAAGUCCAUCUUGAAUUCGCUCAACCCGAGAGGUAAACCGGUAGCUACUGCUCACGAGUGUGCUUCCCUUUGCGCAUCAGAAGGUUGUGAAGCGAUUUCAUUCCGAACGCAGGGCACUCGAAAGGACACUUGCUUCUUCAUCUUGGGCAGCAACAAGGAUCAGAAGCAAGCGCCAACGUUCCUGUCACUCGCUAAAGUUGUGGAUGAUAUCGUCGAACCCCCGAUCCCGGAGCCGGACGACAAGAAGUGUGCCGAGGAGAAGGCUCAAUGUAUUAAAGACAAGGACCAGUGUAUCAAGGAUGAAGAUGCUUGCGUCAAAGAAAAGGACACAUGCAAAGAGGACCUUGAGCAAGCCGAACAUGCCAUCCAAAUUUGCCAAACCAAUCAGGUGGACCCUGCCAAAUUGGCGCAAUGCGAGGCUGACAAACUCGCAUUGGAAUCUGCCGAAGUGGAUUGCCGUCGGCACUCUGCGGAGGUGGAAGAGAAAAAGAAACAAUGCCGCUCAGAUCAACAGAAGUGCGAAAAGGAGAAGGGCGACCUCAACAUCCAGAAGCAACAAUGCGAGAACGACAAGAAUAGCUUGAAUAUGGAGAUCACUCAACAGGACGAUGAGAUUGCAGAACUCAGAUCGCAGGUCACAUCGCUUAAUAACAGACUGGACGCCCUUCAGCAGUCAUAUGAUGCUCUGAAUGUUGACUGUAAUGGAGAAGGCGCAAAUGGAAAAUGCCGUACAAACCUAUAUGACGCUGAGGCUCGCGACGAUCAAUGCAUUAUCACCGCCGGAAAUGAGAAAUUCAAGAUUCAUUACGCUAAGCUCGAUGAUGAGGGCCCGGCGGACCUGGGCAGUGCUAGGGCAAACUCUUUCAAGGACUGCGCCGAAAGGUGUGCCAACUACAAGGGCGCGAAGAAGUGUGUGCGAUUCAUGUGGAACACGGACGGUAAAGACCGAGCCUGCUAUAUGCGGUCCGAGGGACAGGGCAUGGUUCCCACCAGGUCGUCAAGGUGGAGUUCGGGCCAGCUCCUUUGA